AUGAUUCCCGAUGAAAAUGUGCUACACAAGCUUCGAGUUGAAAUCAACGUGGUCUCAGCCACCAAAGUUCUGCCAGCGGCACCCCCAAGCAGCUCUCCGGACUCCCGACCACCUAAUGCCACCACCGUUGGUCCAGGGGCUGAGAUUGCGCCAGUGAGGUACAAACCAGGGAAACUGAACCUGUUCAUGCUCGGCAUCACCAUCGUCAUGGGCGGACAGUACGCUGACUGGAACGAGGGCCUCCACUCGGGGCUCUACAGCUUCAUCAUCGCCUACUUUCUCAUCGCUAUCGGCUACUUGUUGCUCUGCUGCUGCACGGCUGAGAUCAACGGCGCGUUGCCAUUCUCCGGUGGUGCCUACGGGUUGGCGCGUUGCACGCUCGGAUUCUACCCCGCGUUCAUGAUCGGGUGCUGCGAUACGACCGAAUACAUCGUCUACACUUCCGCCUCGGUCAUUUCACUCACGGAGCUGGUACUGGAGGCAGUGCCAGGACUGAAACCGUACCAGCCUUUGGUGUGGGGGCUAUUCUACGUUGUGGCGCUCGCCAUCGUGAUCAGAGGCGGUCGAGCCUUCUGGGUUGUCAACUUUACGCUCGGGGGUUUGACUCUGUUGUUCCUUGCGAUCUACUGCUUCGGCUCGCUCCCGUACGUCAGCUUCAAACUGUACGCUACGGACCCAGAGAUGAAGUUUGUUGCAGGGUUUCGGGGAUUUAUGUUGGGUCUCCCGCAUGCGGCGUGGUUGUUCGUCGGAAUUGAGGCGUUGAGUCUGGACUGUGACCAAACGGAUACACCAAAGAAGAUCAUCCCCGUGGUCCAAUUGUUCUGCAUCGCCACCGCUUUUGUGAUUGGAGUUAUGGUUCUGUUCGUCACGGUGUCGCUUCCUCCGGGUCUGGCUGUAGUGGCAAACACUAAAGUUCUCUUCGACCUUGGCUUUUCGUUGAUGUUCAAGAUCCCCUACCACUACGCAGCGUUCCUAUCACUCCCUGCAGCCUUCGCUACUGCGUUCGGCUUCAUGUGGGCGUAUGGCAAACUCAUCGCCGCAAUGUCGACGUCCAGGCUUUUACUCCCGUUCUGCGCCAAAACUACCGCUAGAAGUAAUACUCCGUACAACGCGUUGCUCUUCGGAUCCGCGUGGAGCUACGCGCUCUGCCUUCUCGUCUACGUCGUACCUCAAGUCGGUGAGAGUUUCACAGGAGUCUGCAUGCUCUCCGCUGCCAUGUCGUACUCUGGACAAUGCGUCGGCUACAUCGCGCUCAAGCGGAACUACAAAAACAUCAAAAGCUCCGAGUUCCGCAGUCCGUUCGGGAUCGCCGGAGCCUUCUGCUCCUUGCUGGUGUGGAUCCUCAUGGCCAUCUCGCUACUGACAGUCCAUGACGACGGGGGCAUUGACGCCAUGGGCUUCACGAUCGUCGUGAUCCUCUUCACGGUCUUUCUACUUCUGUUACGCUCGCAAGCGCCAGACUUUUUCUCCGCAGGAAAACAAGAUCAUGUUAGUGGCUCACGUGACGAAAUUCAACAUCAAGAAGGUGGCGGCCAACCGGCAGCACCGACACCACAAGCAGAGCAGCGGGAGCAGUAG